AUGGUUGGCGUCGCAACCAAGAACUUGAAGAACUUCUUCAAACGUAAAGACAAGAAAGCCACUACACCCGUGUUGCGAAAGGUGGAAGACGACAAAACAGGCGAAGUCAAAGCAGAAGAUCAACAGAACGACGCGCUUUACAUUUAUCCUGUCGAGAUUGGAACGCCGCCCCAAAUCAUGAACUUGCAUUCCGAUACGGGCAGCUCAGAUCUUUGGUUGUGGUCUACGGAGUUGGAUAGGGAGACCAAGGUGGCCGGGAUUAAGAGCAAACAUAAUGUUUUUGAUGCGAAGGCUAGCAAGACGUUCAAGAAGAUGAAUGGGGCGAGCUGGAGGAUUAGGUACGGUGAUGGAUCUACGGCUUCUGGGAUCGUCGGUACGGACAAUGUUACCCUUGGUGGUCUCUGUAUCGAGAGCCAGGCCAUCGAACUUGCGAGUAAACUCAGCCCGCAGUUCACUUCUGGUGCAGGCGACGGGCUGCUAGGUCUGGAAUUCGGUCAUAUCAACACCGUCAAACCAAAGAAAGUCGCCCCACCCGUAGAGCAGAUGAUUCUCCAAUCCGACAUCCCCUCCUCCCAAGAGCUCUUCACUUGUUAUCUUGGCUCCUGGCGCGGUGAAAACGACGUCGACCAUGGCGAAUCCCUCUAUACGUUCGGCUACAUUGACGAACAAGUCCUCUCGCGCUGCGGCGUCUCAGAACCACACUAUGCGCCCAUCGAUCCAUCAAAAGGCUUAUGGCAGUUCUCUUCCCCAACUGCUACCCUCAACGGCGAGACUAUCCAACGACCCCCCGGAAAUACUGCAAUCGCCGAUACAGGAACUACACUGGCCCUUGUUGACGACGCACUCUGCGAGAAGAUAUACAGCACUAUCCCAGGCGCUGUGUACGAUAAAGCGCAUCAAGGUUGGACCUUCCCCAUCGGAACAAGAAUCUCUGAUCUUCCUACUCUGGCACUUGCAGUGGGUGACAAGGAAUUUGAAGUACAAAAAAAAAGAUUUUGGAUUUGCGAAAUGUGGGGCGGGCAUGCAGUACGGGGGGAUACAAUUACGUGGAAAGAGUGA